AUGCCAACAGCAUCAGUUACAGAGGAGAUUGAAACGAGUGAACUAGACCAGUGUCUAGAGAGACUUGGUUUGACUGACGCCAAGGAGUUUGUUUUGUCCAAUGGCUUCGGAGAAUCGGAAAAACUGGCUCCGGAAAAUCUUCCGGAUAAACUAGACCUGGAAGAACGCCUGGAGGGGCUAACUUCUGAAUUGCAAGAUGAGAAGGUAUUACAGUUGUUGCUGAAGUUGAAUGAAUACGAAGAUUUGGCCAAUGGCAGCUUUCGAACGGACUUUAUUGACGGGUUCAGUAAUUUGAGCAGAGCAGGCUUCAAUAGCACACGGACUUUUGGUCCUGACUCAUACGACUUGCGAGAAUACCAAGCUUGUAAGAUCUUGGUGAAGAACGGGGAUUCUUUCGAGGUUGUAGACCGGUUAAAGCGCCAAAGAGAAGAAUCAAAGAAAACCGCCACAAUCAUAGCACAAGCUUCUAAAGAAGCGCCCGAAGAGAAUGGAACAAAAAAAAGAACCUCAAAAAACUCAGCGAAAAGUGCUGGCGCCACACAAAAAACCGAAAAGAGCGCCAUUUCUACAUCUACAUCCAUUCCCGCUAAAACUGAACCCACGGAGACUCGGGAAGUGGAAUCUGUUAAAUAUCGAGAUCCCAUCAAUCAGUUUGGUGGACUUGUUCCAUACCAAUUGCGCCAAGCUCAAUCGAACUUCCUGGCAGCAGUUUUGCAUUGUGUCAAGCUAGUCGAACUACGGAGGACGAUCGAGUCUCUCAUAGAAGAUAUCGAGUCCUUUCAAAGGUCAUAG